GUCUGCACCUUGCUCAGCUCAGCUGUUCCAUCAGUGACCGAUCGUCCGAUGUGAAAAAUGGCGCAUAUGAUAAGAUCCAAGCUCGUGCUGCUGUCACUGAAGUACGCUAAUCGCGUCGCGCCUCGCGUCUCCGUGCCCUUAAAGUACCAACGACUAUGCUUCCACACCAGCGAUAUCCUCGACGUGACUGGAAAGGAAUUGUUGAUGCCGUCCUUAUCGCCCACCAUGGAGAGCGGCACCAUAGUGAAAUGGUUCAAGAGGGAGGGUGACAUGAUCUGUCCUGGCGAAGCUGUUGCGGACAUUCAAACCGACAAAGCCGUCGUCACGAUGGAAUUUGAAGACGAGAGCGUGCUGGCGAAGAUAAUAGUGCCUGAAGGAACGAAAGAUAUUAAGGUAGGAACUCUGAUAGCUCUGACCGUCGAGGCUGACGAAGACUGGAAAGAUGUGGAAAUGCCAGCCUGUGGGGCAGAAGAUCCUUCAGCAACACCAUCCUCCACUGAGCCAAGCCCACCUGUCACGAAAGCAGAACCACCACCCGGCCAACAAAACAUUGCCAUGCCCGCCCUGUCGCCAACCAUGACGACAGGUACAAUCGUAAAGUGGCUGAAGCAGGAAGGUGAUGAGAUACAGCCGGGUGAUGCAUUGGCGGACAUACAGACGGACAAAGCCGUCAUGACCUUUGAAUUGGAAGAAGAGGGUGUGCUCGCGAAAAUUCUCAUCCCAGAAGGCUCUCAGGUGGAAGUCGGACAGUUGAUAGCUGUCGUAGUUGAGAAAGGAAUGGACUGGAAGCAGGCUGUUGUCCCGACGUCAACUAAACCAGCAGCACCUGCAGCACCGAGUCCUGCUCGACCGACCGCUCCAGCUGACGCGAAACCACCAUCAAGUGGGCAAGUGUAUGGCUUGGCGGUAAAGAGGUUGUUGGAGGAAUACGGCCUGAGCUCCGGCUCGAUCAAGGGUACGGGACGUCCAAACCGUUUAUUGAAGAGCGACGUUCUGACGUAUAUUCAGGCAAACAGUGUUAAAAAAGUUACGCCUAAAUCAGCACCUACUCCAGAGGCUGCUAAAGCACGUCCUCCCAGUCCAGAAGCGACGUCUGUCCCGACUGACCGACCAUACGUAGACAUCGAAAUAUCCAACAUUCGUGCCAUAAUCGCUAAACGACUCAGCGAGUCGAAGAGGACUAUACCACACUCUUACGCAGUUAUUGACAUAAACAUCGACAAAAUACUCGAGCUCCGCGGAAAGCUGAAGACGGAGGAUAUAACUGUGUCAAUUAACGACUUCGUUAUCAAGGCUGUCGCUCACGCGCUCGUCGAGUGUCCUGAUGUAAAUGCAUUGCAUCAAAACAAUCAGAUUGUCCGGGUUCCAAAAGUGGACGUGUCUGUAGCAGUCGCGACGAAAACAGGCCUGAUUACCCCGAUAGUGUUCGAUACUGCCACCAAAAGCCUAGCAGAUAUCUCGAAAAAUAUUCGAGAAUUAGCCGAGAAGGCGAGAAAGGGGCAGCUUAAGCCGCACGAGUUUCAAGGAGGAACAUUCACAAUUUCGAAUUUGGGAAUGUUCGGCAUCAAGGAGUUCUCCGCUAUCAUAAAUCCUCCGCAAACUGCUAUUCUCGCUAUAGGCGCGGGACGAGAGGAGCUAGACUCCUCGUUAAUGAAGGUGACGAAAAUGACGGCGAAGUUAUCGUAUGACAGACGGGCGAUCGACGAGGAUCAAGCGGCUGAUUUCUUGGCUAUUUUGAAAGCAACGCUGGAGGAUCCAGUCUUCCUCGCGGCUGGCAGGAUGCAGGUACUGAGGUACAAACGUAACGCGUAUUAAUUAUUUCAAAAUACUCAUUUUGUUUAAAGUGUUUAUUGCAAAAACAGCUCGUCUUUCUUGCAUCAAGAGAAUUGAAUAUCAUUUUUUGGUAACUAUGUUACUGUACUUUGAAAAAAAAAAAGAGUAGAAUUUAAGUGGCAGAAAACUCAAUAUCAACUAAUAUAAUAUAAUGUAUAUAAUUGCUGGCUGUUUUUGAAAUGAACGAAAGAAUUGGUUACUAUUAAUUUUAUUUUUCGUGUCAUAUAUGUAUAUGUAUAUAUAUAUAAUCAAAUAUAGAAAGCACGAUUUAUAUAUUUAUGCGACAGUGUUUCUCAAGUAACUCUCUGUUCAUUGUUAUGAAAAAAACUUUGACCAAAGGAAAUAAUUUAUAUAUUUCUACUGCCAAAAUAUUUAAAACAAUAUGGACAUAUUCUCGCAUUCAUAAAUUAAUUAAUAACAACAUUGAUUGAAGUUAAAUGUCAAUCUGUGAUUGUCAAAAUAUUUUUUAUAUUUUAGUAUAAUUUCUAAAUUAUUUUUAAAAUUUUCAAUUAAUUAGAGAUUAGUAAAAUUUUAUUCCAUAAAAUUGAAUGACAGAGGAUAAAAAUGUCCAUGGUAUUUAGAAUCUUGUAAAUAAUUAGAAUGUUGAUAUUUAUGUAAGCUGUAAAUAUCUGGCCCUGUGAUAUACAUGGGAACCAUAUACACAAUGUACGUACAUCUUCCGAGUCAAAGUUAUGAAAUAUAAAUAUCUUUAUUGUAUCAUAUAAAUAACUAGAUAAAGAAAUUUACGUCUGUUAUAUUUAGAAAUUCGUGGAAUAAAGUACACGGUUUAUUUAUCAUUAAUUUAUUAAUUGGAAAUAUGUAUAAAUAAAUGAAUAAAUUCACUUGUAAAUAAUCUUAGUUUAAAUAAGAUUAUUGGGCUAGCUUUUAACGAUGAAUGAAAAGAUUCAUCUUCCGAAUAAAAUAUUUAUUAUUUAAAA